ACAGUGGGUUCUUUGGGGAGCCAGAUGCCUUCCCUAUGUUUGCCACCAACAAUCGAGUGAAGAGGAGACCCUCCCCUUAUGAGAUGGAGAUUACUGAUGCUCAGGGCCUUUCCACAUGCCAUUCUCUCUUCCCAUGCCUGGCUGGCUCUUCUUCAGCCUUAAGUUCUCAUCUUAUAGAUGUCACUUCCUCUGAAAGGCUGCCCCCAACCAGCUCAACUAAGCACGGUCCCCAUACCAAAGUCGUAAGGCGCAUCUUCACCAAUAGCCGGGAGCGAUGGCGGCAGCAGAAUGUGAAUGGGGCCUUUGCUGAGCUCCGCAAGCUGAUCCCCACACAUCCCCCAGACAAGAAGCUCAGUAAGAAUGAGAUUCUCCGCCUGGCCAUGAAGUACAUCAACUUCCUGGCCAAGCUGCUCAAUGACCAGGAAGAAGAGGGCACCCAGAGGGCCAAGCCUGGCAAGGACCCCAUGGUGGGGGCUGGCGGAGGAGGUGGAGUGGGAGGCGGUGGUGCACCUCCAGAUGAUCUCCUGCAGGAUGUGCUGUCCCCCAACUCCAGCUGUGGCAGCUCCCUGGAUGGGGCAGCCAGCCCGGACAGCUACACUGAAGAGCCUGCACCCAAGCACACAGCCCGCAGCCUCCAUCCUGCCAUGCUGCCCGCCACUGAGGGAGCGGGCCCUCGGUGAUGGGCCUGGGACCAUCCUGGGCCAGCCAGGAGGGUGCCCUCAGGCCGCUGGGACCGUGGGCUUCAAGGCAGGUGGGCAAAGACUGGGUAGCUCUGAAGUAGGGCAAUGGACUUGAUGAACUUUCCUUGAUGCCUGAACUUUGGGAAGCCCAAACUGCCCUGGGGCUGGCUUUUCACUUCCUGCCUCAGUAGGAGAACAGAAAAAUGGAGCAAAGUGGUAGGUACUUUUUAUGAAGACGGCACGGUCUUGCCCCUUCCCCAAAUCCCUAAGACUUCUCAUGUAAGAGGCUUGAGUGGCGCUGCUUUUGGCCUGAAGCUUGGGAGCCCUGUCUUUGCUGAGACCUGGGGUUGUCAUCUCUCACCUGAGGCAUUCAGCAAUCUCUGCCUUGCCUUUAGCCCCCUCCUAAGUUGGCUGGGGUGGCUUUGCUAGCCACUCUACCCAAAUAUAUAGGUACCCAAUAGCUGCCCAUUUCCCGAGCCCCAUCUUCACCCAGGCCCAUGUUGGUCCAUUCAGCUUGCCAACUGCUGCAGAGUCAAGCCUCAAGGUGCCUUCUUCAGGGCCUGGUUGAAGAAGACGGCUGGUGGACCACCUGCUCCGGGUUAGCUGGGCCAGAGGGGCAGAAAAGCCAGGGGACCGAAGCUUUGCUUUCUCCCCACUGAAAUUUGCCUUCCUAAUCCUUGUGGCUGUGGGGACUGAGUCUGCAGCUGUGAGCAUGUCCUUUGGGCUUUGGGUGAAGGCAGAGAAGGAACAAAAUUGUUAGAGGGAAUUGAGCAAAUGCUAUUUGGGGCUCGUGGGCUUCCAAUCCUGGUAGUGUCUCAGAGCUACUCAUCACUGUUCCAGCGGUGAGCAGAUGCCAGUGUGCUGAUGGAUGGGCAUGUGUUGGUGCUGAGAGGAGAUGGGAGCCCCAUCUGUGCAUUCUCCAAGAUGCUCAAAGGUCCCGCCCUGCUGCAGGAUGUCUGCUAGCUAAUGGUCUGGUCGGUGUUCUGAGUGGAACUGAGCACACACUCUGUCCUAGGAGUUCCUGGCAUUUGGGAUUUUUUUUUUCCCUGGCACUUGGGAUUUUUUUUUUCUUUUUUACUUUAAUUGUUGGUGGGAUCUUUAGGUAGAUAUGACCCAGGAUCCAGCUCCACUUCUAGGACAUGGUAAUGCAGUCAGAGACCAGGCCCCAGCUGAGACCCGAAUGGAUGCACAUUCACUGAGCAGAAUCUUAAACACCUUUGACCGUGUAACUUUCAGUCAUCACGGGUGUGAAUGGGAGGCUAGCUUAAUGCAAUGGGAGUGCCCCCCUCCAAAAGUUGUACAUGACAUUUUUGUAAAUCAAAUCCUUAUCCUUAAUCUUUUAAAGAAAUACUACUGCAAGUCCUUUUGUAAGUGAAGAAUCCUUUUGUAGAGUGGACCACUGCCCCUCGUUGAUCUCCUGUGUCAAUCCAAGUGUCGGGAUGUGGUUUUCUUAAGGCUAGGCCUGCCUGUGACCCGCAUUUCAAGCCCAUGGAACAAACUGCACACAAGUCCUUCAUACCUGUCAUUGUAUCCUCAAGUCACCCCAGCCGUCUCCCACCAGGCUCUGCCUUUCAGGUCAGAGGGGAAUGAUCCUAUGGCCUGGCCCUGUCCAUGGCCAUGUGGAAGAUCUUCACAUGUUUUGGGUUUCAGCUCAGGCCUUGCCCUCACUGCAAUGGGGCCUUGGGUACAGCCAUUUGCAGACAGGGAAUGACCCCUGCUCCCCUCCCUUUCCUUUUAAGUUGUGAGGAUGGGAGCACUAUGGUUAACCCUUGUCGCUCUCUGUCUAUCUCAUGUCAGCCAAAAUCACAUUUUAAUGAACAGCUCCUGUGAGGCACCCCAUCUGUAAAGAGGGAACACCUGUCCUAAGGCUGUGCUUGCUUCCCGGUGGGUUAAUUUGACUUGGCGCCACCGUGCGGAUAGGUGGAUGGGUUUAGGAGAUGGAUCACACAUUCUGUCAGGAACUCAAGCUUCUGGCUCCCUUUUCUCUCACAAGUUAUCUCUAAGUGUCAGUUUCCCAUCAAUACCCUGGCUCUCUGCUCCUAGGACUGAAUGGACAUGAAAGUAGAAGCGUUCUGAGACCAUAAAGAACUCGUUUCCUCUUAAACCUGAGGUGGGGUUUCCAACCCUGAGUUCAGGGCCUAGGCAGUGGGCCAGGCUGCCUGACUACACAGCUUGGGAUAAUUUAGGUUCUAACCCACUUUUGCCUGAGUUAUCUAGAUUGUUCUCAUUUCUCAUAAUUGCCCUCAUGUCUGGCUCAUUCCAAGGCAAGGUACAGGAAUGAGAAUGGAUAAGAGAUAUGGCAACAUGGGUAGAAUAUGUAAAAUGUAAUGCAACCACUUACCACAGGCCUGGGUAGGGAAGCACAAGGCUUUAGGUUUUUGUAAGAACUAGAGAAGAUCCAUACUUUAUUUUCAUUUCCAACCCUUCGCCCCAUCCUACCCUCUCCCUCCCCUGCCUCCUCCUCACCCAUGAAGAAAUGGCAACAUUCCAAGAAUAAUAUCUGUACAAAAGGGAAAACAUGGGAAGGUUUAAAAACAUGAGAAUAAAAAUGAUGGGGGACUCCCAUCUUUUAAGAAAAA